AUGGCCCAUGACUGGCGGCAUCCGGAUAGCGACGGAGCGAACGGAGUGGGUGGAGAAAAGGAUGAGAAGAAAUUGAAUAUCCCCGAUCAGGUGGUUUCUAAGUUGGAAUCGUCGCGCUCUGGGGGAGAGGAGGCAUGCGCGCACGAGCGGCGGGGUUCUGGCAGCGCGGUAGCAGGCAUCGUAUGGCAGGCGGAAGGCUCAGCGGAAGGUACAGCGGAAGGCGCAGCGGAAGGAACAGCAGAAGGCGCAGCGGAAGGAACAGUGGAAGGCGCCGCGGAAGGUGCAGCGGAAGGCGCAGCGGAAGGCGCAGCGGAAGGAACAGCGGAAGGCGCAGCAAAGGGAGCGGCGGAAGGAACAGCAGAAGGUGCAGCGGAAGGAGCAGCAGAUGGAACAACAGAAAAUUCGGCAGAAGGAGUAGGGGGCAGCACACAAGCAGGAGAGGCGGGGACUCCCCAGCAGGAGCGGAUGCAGGCGGACGCGGACGGGGGUUCGAGCGGGGAAGCUGUAGGGGAUGGAAGCAGGGAAGGAAGGGGAAGGGAGGUGGCGGGUGGAAGAGGCUUGCACGAGCAGAGCGAUCCAGGUACAGGCGGGAACAUCAGCACAGGCAGAGAGGAGGCUGGGAUUGGCUUUGAGGUUACGGAUGCGAAUGAGAGUGAUGGUGACGGUGCAGGCGGUGUGCUGUUCGGCGGGAUGCUGCUGUGUUCUCUGCAACCGCAGGAUUUCACUCUGAGUGCUCACCUGAGGGAGGCAGCAGCCCUUCAGCGGCAGCAGCAGCAGUGGCGGCAGCAGUGGAAGCAGCAGCAGCAGAAGCAGCAGGAGCAGCAGCAGCAGCAGCAGCAGCAGCAGCAGCAGCAGCAGCAGCAGCAGCAGCAGCAGCAGCAGCAGCAGCAGCAGCAGCCACAUCAGCUACCCUUGCAGGAGGAGAAGCAAGGGGAGCCGCAGAAGCAGCAGCAGCUGGGUAGGGGCAAGCGCCAUUGUCCUGGGAGGAGUGAGAACAGGAAGUGGAGGCGAGUUGGGCUGGCAGCCUUGGAAGGGGGGCCGCUUGAUUUGUGGUCACGGAAGAGAAUGGAGGGAGGGGGGAAUGAGCAUGGAGAGGAAAGGGAGGGAGAGCAGCAGAUGAAGGGGAAGCGCAAGAGGGAAGGAGUUUGCGAGGAGGAGGAGGAGGAGGAGGAGGCGGCGAUAGAGGUGGGGGAGGAGAAGGAGGGGGAGGAGGGGGAGGAGGGGGAGGUCGAGGAGGAGCAUGAGGAGGAAAAGGAGGUUGCGGUGGAGGAGGAGGAGGAGGAGGAGGAGGAGGAGGAGGAGGAGGAGGAGGAGGAGGAGGAGGAGGAGGAGGAGGAACAGGAGGAGGAAGUCGAGGGGAAGGAGGUGGAAGGGGAGGAGGAAGAGACAGGGGAGGAGGAGGAGGAGGAGGAGGAGGAGGAGGAGGAGGAGGAGGAGGAGGAGGAGGAGGAGGAGGAGGAGGAAGAGGAGGAAGAGGAGGGGGGGGUGGGGAGGGGAGAAGGAGGAGGAGGUGGUGGUGGUGGUGUUGGUGGUGGGGGUGGGGGGGAUGGAAAUGGAGACGAAUUUCUAAACAUCCUGCUUCCCCUCCCUGAUCGCCCCUCGCGCGUCCUCUCCCUCCGUUCCGCCGCGCAGGCGGGCGACGAGGAGGAAGAAGCGGAGGCGGCGGAAGACGGCGCGGCGACGGCGGGGGGUGGUCGGCGGAGAGGAGGCGGAGCGGCGGGGGCGGGGGCGGGGACGCGCGGAGGGGCUGCGCGGAUGCGGAUGCGGAGAAACCGACAGGCGGCGGCGGCUGCUGCGGCGGAGGAGGAGGGGAAUGCGCAUCGGGAGCGCGGGGGAGGGCGGAGAGAGGAGGAGGAGGAAGAGGAGGAGGAAGAGGCGGGAGCGGGAGCGGAAGGCCGGCGGGAUCGCAGGAGACGAGAAAGAGAGGCACGGCGACAGGCGGAGGCAGCAGCGCGGGAGGCGAAGGAGGAGAAGAGGGACGCAUACGCGGAGAGACAGAGGCAAAAGGAGGCGGAGAGGGAGGCCGAGGAAGCAAAGAAGGCGCAAGAGGCAGCGGAGGAGGAGGCGCGGAGGCAGAGGGAGGCGGAGGCGGAGCUGGAGUCGUGGAAGGGGAUGUUUUCCGUGGAGGGGGAGGGCACGGUGGAGGGGGACGAGCAGCAGGAGAGCCAGGGGCUGCUGGGGGAAUUCACAGACUACAUCCGCCGCCACAAGUGCGUGUUACUGGAGGACCUGGGAGCUCGCUUUGGGCUGCGAGCGGUGGACGUGGUCAACCGUGUCGUCUCCCUCGAGCAAAUGGGGCGCAUAUCAGGAGUGAUGGACGACCGAGGCAAGUUCAUAUUCAUCUCUCCAGACGAGAUGAAGGCUGUAGCGAGCUACAUCCGGGCAUCGGGGCGAGUGAGCAUUGCGGAUCUAGCAGCGCGGUCCAACGAGCUCAUAGACCUGGACGCUAAAGGGGAGGAGGAGAAUGGGGCUGUUGGGGAUGCGGGUGGUGGGGGAGGGGAAGGAGGGAUAUCGUGGGAGGAUAUUGCAGUUGAGGAGGCGAUAGGGGCGGAAGGGGGAGGGGUUGGGGUGGAGCUGGGUCAAGAGCAGGUGGCUGUGGUGAGCAUUGCGGAUCUAGCAGCGCGGUCCAACGAGCUCAUAGACCUGGACGCUAAAGGGGAGGACGAGGAGAAUGGGGAGGGGGGUGAUGGGGCGGGAGAUGGGAAUGCGGGAGGGGGUGGGAUUUCGUGGGAGGAUAUUGCAGUUGAGGAGGCGGUUGGGGUGGAGGGGGGAGGGGGUGGUGGUUGGGUGGAGGUGGGUCAAGAGCAGGUGUCUGUGGGACCGGAGGGGGGAGUGGGUGGUGGUGGGGUGGACUUAGGGCAAGAGCAGGUGGCUGCGGAGCAGGAGAUGGGAAUGCGGGAGGAGGUGGGAUUUCGUGGGAGGAUAUUGCAGGUGAGGAGUCAGUAG